ACUUCCGCUUCCUUUGCAGAGUUCCCUUGUUGUGGCGUGUGUCAGGAGAGCGAAGCGCCAAAAAAAAAAAAACACGUUUAGCUAAAGCUCCGCGUGUGUUCGUUUUAUUGCAGGAUCGGGAGAAGUUGAGUCGGGAUCUGUGACGCUCUUCAUGGCAAUCAGAAGGGGACACGUUAGAUACUUAAAAGAGGCCUAUGACAUGUCGAACGGUUACGAAGAUCACAUGGCUGGUGAGCCUAAAGAUUGCAAGACAAACCUCAUUGUCAACUACUUGCCUCAGAGUAUGAGCCAAGAUGAGCUGCGGAGUCUGUUCAGCAGCAUUGGGGAGGUGGAGUCUGCGAAACUUAUUCGGGACAAAGUAGCAGGCCACAGUUUAGGGUACGGAUUUGUUAACUAUCUUAACCCUAGUGAUGCAGAAAGAGCAAUCAGUACUCUCAAUGGACUGAGACUACAGUCUAAAACUAUCAAGGUGUCAUAUGCCAGGCCAAGCUCUGAUACCAUAAAGGAUGCCAACCUUUACAUAAGUGGGCUGCCAAAAACAAUGAUGCAGAAGGAUGUAGAAGAAAUGUUUGCAAGUUAUGGCAAAAUAAUCAACUCCCAUGUCCUGGUUGAUCAAGCCUCAGGUCUCUCUCGUGGUGUGGCUUUCAUUCGGUUUGAUAAGAGAGCAGAGGCAGAGGACGCAAUUAAGGACUUGAAUGGGCAGAAGCCUCCAGGAGCUGCAGAGUCAAUCACUGUAAAGUUUGCUGCCAGUCCCAACCAAAUGAAAAACUCACAAUUUAUUCCACCUACCUACCACACGCCGCCUCGCCGCUUUGGGGGGCCCGUCCACCACCAGGCCCAGAGGUUCAGGUUCUCUCCAAUGAGUGUGGACCACAUGAGUGGCAUGUCUGGAGUUAACAUGGGGCCUGGGAACUCCUCAUCAGGCUGGUGUAUUUUCGUUUACAACCUGGGCCAGGAUGCAGAUGAGGGCAUUCUGUGGCAUAUGUUCGGGCCUUUUGGUGCCGUGACAAAUGUGAAAGUGAUCCGCGACUUCAGCACCAACAAGUGCAAAGGAUUUGGGUUUGUUACCAUGACAAACUAUGAAGAAGCAGCCAUGGCUAUCGCUAAUCUCAACGGCUACCACCUCGGGGAUAAGAUUUUACAAGUGUCGUUCAAAACAAGCAAGUCACACAAGUAGAAAGUAGGGUUGCCAGGAAAAUAAAGGAGAGUGAUGUUGUCUGCGAAGCCAGAGAAAUUGGCGCAGAUUUGAAAGAAAAAAUAUAUACUUUUUUAGUGUAAUCAUGACUUCGCAAAUGUUAAUGUUUCUAAGUCUUGUUUAGACAUCUCGUUUCUUUUAAGAUUCAAGCUGUUGGAUGCUUCAAAUGCAAGUGUUUUAGGCAUUCUAGUUUAUCCCAAUAUUUGACAAAUAUGACUUUCCAUACAGAUUUGUGUGUCUGAUGUUAGCCUGAUAUUUUUGCUAUGUGCCAUAUGUGGUCAAACACCUCAUUCACCAGAUGCUGGAUUUAAAACCCAGAUUUUUCUUUCUUUUGUCAGUUUCUUCAUCCUACAUAAUGCAGCACUUUUUGGUUUGGCAGGAAUCUCGUGAUCCAUCUCACACAGUUCAAUUGUUUAUUAAAAUCUGAGUUUUAAAUGCAGCAUGCUAGGUGCUUCAUUGAGAAAAAGAGGUAAGAAAGAAAGCAGGAACUUUUUGCAAGGGACCCUCUGAAUAGACUGAUAACUAAUGCAUGAAUGGACCAAAGAGGUUUAGCUUCCCCCAGCAGAGGUGCAGGUUGCAUAUCCCUAAACAUAUUCCAAAAGGAUUUGGACGACUGAAUACUAGGUACUGAGUAUUUAUGUAAAAAAUAAAUAACGUUUGAGCAUCAGCAUCUUAUGUUUAUGGUUUGCAUUUUCUUUCGUUUCUGUUUCUCUAGGCUAAAACAUACUUUAAGUUUAGUUUGGUUAUUUGAAAAAAAAUGGAUAUCCAGUACUAAUGCAUAUGCUUUUUAAGACUGCCUUGUGAUAUUUUUUUUUUUUUUAUUUUUUGUGUUUCCUUUUUGAAAUCUUUCAUUUUGUUUCACAUGGCAUUUACGAUCAUUAAAUUGUAUAUUGUUUUGCUCAGCUUUUGUUUCUUUAUUUGAUCUUUUAAUUUGUUUUUUUUUUAUUUACCCAUUUAUAGGUGCAGUAUAAGUCAACACAAGACUUUUAUAGAUGCAGUCUAUAAUAGUUUAGUCCACAAAGACCUCAUGAGAAAUAUUUGGCAACCACAUUUUAAUUUAAAUGGGGUAUUUUAAGGACUUUGAGUGUUUGUAUUUUAGGCAUUGGACCAAAUCUUAAAUGUACAUCUCAGUUAUCUGAUGAGGGCUGACUUUGAUUUGGCCACUGGUGUGCUGUUUAUUUAACCUUCUUUAGUGGUUCAUAUUCAACUUAUUCCAGAGGUUUCAGCUGUAGGUGAGCAGUGGUGAAUCUAGAAACAGGACAGCGGCUCCCCCAUAGUCUCACAGAUGUACAGUCAUGCCCCUCAGCUUUGACUCCCCCUGAGGUCUCCCAAAUACAAGCUUGUGAACCCCACAUACAUAUUUUCAGCACAGACCAUUCUUGUGCUCCCUCUGCUACAAGACUUAAGGUUGGUAUUGUACGUGUGUGCAAAUAUUUAUAUUAUUGGUGACUGACAAUUAAUCCUAAUAGUCUGUUUUUGUACUGUGACUAUCUCGUCAAAUUGUAAUAAGCAGCAGUUUACUAUACUUGGAUUGUCAUUUGUUACUUCAUGAUUCAUGUGAAACUAUUAGCUGUUUUACAGCCACUGUUGGUUACACGUUAUUAAUAUGAAACAUCCUUGGCAUUCUCUUUUUGUGUGUGUGUGUGUGCGCACGUUUUGGCAUAUGUGCAGUAUAGUAAUUAUGGUAAACUUCUCUCUGUCCAUCUUUUUUGAUAUUCUGAUUAAAAUCUUGCUGUUUAAGAGUCAACAGAAGUUGUGAGAUAUAUCAAGUAGAAUUUACUGGAUGGUGGUUUGUUUUAAGCCUUAAUUGAUGUAGGAAAUACUGGAAGGUCAUUGAAUGGUGGAAUGGAUUUUUUAGCCUGUGCAUGGUUUUAUGUGUUGAUAUUGAUGAGUGGCUUUAGUUUUUAAUGAAUUACUUUUUGACUCUAAAGUGUACAUCUGUUAUGAGCUACUGUCUAACAUAGUCGUGAAAUAAAAUAUCGGAAAUAGC